GUGAAAUCAGGUCAGUAGUAUUAACUGCAGGAGAGCGUUCAUUUCAGUUUUUGGUUACGGGUAUUAAUUCUUCGUACAGUAGUAAGAUGGAGGUGUCGUUGAAUAUCAGCUAUGCUAGUUCGAAUCAAAGUUCUCCUCUCAUUGGACUUACGUUGCAUCAGCUGCUUGAGAAGAGGGUUAAUGAACAUCCAGAUCGUGAAAUGUAUGUCUUUCCCGAAGACGGUGACAGAAUCACCUUCAAUUUAUAUAAAGAUCGGGUUGAACGAUUGGCUACAGGACUUUUAUCCAUUGGAAUGAAGAAAGGCGACCGAUUGGCAAUAUGGAGCAAUAUUCAUAUGGAAUUCCUGCUUUUUGUUGGUGCCGCAAGAUCCAUUGGCGUUAUUACAGUACGUAUUCGACCAACUUUUCCCAAUAUUGGCGUCAAAGAUAUUUUGCUUCUUACCGGAUGUAAAAUGAUUGUUUUAGGAAGAAGCCCAACUAAUCUGUACGAUAGAUUGACCGAUAUUAGAACAGCAAGUGCUGAAGAUGCAUCCCAAACUCCACAUUUUGAUGCUAUUAUUGGUGUUGGUGAGAAUAAUAAAAGCGGCACAUACAACGUCAAUGAUAUUGAGAAGCUUGGAUCCGACAUUAAGUUUAUUGAACUCUUCAAACUCAUAAGGAACCAAGUGACUUUCGAUGAUGACAGCGAUAUUUUCAGUACUUCAGGUUCUACUGGAAAACCUAAGCACGUGGUUCACACACAUUUUAGUAUGAUUAAUGGAACCAGACCAAUCUUUAAUUACCUUGCAAGCAUGCCAGAUAAAGAUAGAGGGAAUCGAAGAGUAUUUGCGCGUAAUUCAACUCAUAUUAGUGGAGAAGCAAGUGGGGUGAUGCCCCCACUUGUAGCUUCUAUGACGUCAGUGUUUGCGCCCUCAGUGUAUGACAUCAGACGUAUAGUGGAAACAAUUCAGGACGAGAGGUGUACAGAAACAAUCCUUUUAAUCACUGGUCUGUACGACCUAUGCAGCUUCAAAGAUAUUGGUGAAUAUGACCUAUCCUCUCUCAAAGUAUGCGUAGUCGGAGGAUCAAACAUCCCUCCUGAACUUGCUGAAGACUAUGAAAACAAAUUUGGUUCCAAAAUUUUCAUUCUUUACGGUUCAACUGAAAUGAUGUUUCCAGCAGGUAGUUUUUUGGAUUUAAUGGAUAAGCGGCGUUCUGGAAUCCGAAUGCUGCCAAAUGCAGAGAUACAAUUGGUUGAUGACAAAGGAAAGUGUGUGCCAGUUGGAAGUGUUGGUGAAGUGUGGAGCCGUUCCAGCUCUAAUUUUCAAAGAUAUUUAAAAAAUGAAGAACAAACAAAUGCAGUAAAAUCACAUGGAUGGUUUAAAACUGGUGACCUUGGCGUUUUUGAUGCGACUGGUGCUCUUGCAAUAGUAGGUAGAAAAAAGGAUGUGAUAGCAAGGGGUGGGGCAAAGAUUUUGCCUGCCGACAUCGAGAAUGUUCUCUCAAUACAUCCAUCUAUAGACCAAGUUCAGGUGAUUGGGGUACCAGAUGAUCGCCUAGGAGAGGACAUUUGUAUAUGUGUAAGAACAAAGAAGAAUGCGAGCAUUGACAAAGAUCAGAUUGUCACGUAUCUAACUGGAAAGGUGAGAGUUGAAGAAAGCAUUCCUGGUUAUGUUUUGCUUUUUGAGUUAUUCCCGAAAAAUGAUAUUGGAAAAAUUGACCGUGCGAGUCUCAAAGAGCAAGCUCUACAACAAAUUAAACAUUGUAUUAUAUAGCGAAGCAAAACUACAAACGUCACAGUACACUAUAUUCUCCUGAUGGAGAAUGUAUUAAUUGGAUUAAGUUUGGAGAACCAGUGUAGGCAUACAAAUUAAGGAAAACUAUGUUCCUGUCAUUUAAUAGAAUUUUCAGUCUAGAUUAGCUAAGCGUUAACCUGUAUAGACCAUUUUAUCGGGUUUAUAUUGAAACAGCGCCGCCAACGUCUCGCAACUCGCUGGGGUACUUCCAACGGUCUAAGACUUGUCUCUGAGCAGCUAGCUAGUGUCAAAUAAAGCGUCGCGCACACACUCGUAACUUCGUAGCGUGAAGUGCCAAGUGGUAGUUGCCAGUUGCCAGGUUUCCCGAAAAUGUUCUCUAUUCAAGAUUUCAUUAUUGCCCAUACAUAGAAUUUCUGGCAAGAAUAUUUUUAAAAUAUUUAUAAUGUUAUACUAUCUUCUACCCCUUUUAAUUUAAUCAUGUUCAUUUAAUUAUUCAGUUUUAAUCUAUGUAUAUGAUUAGACUUACCGAAAAAAAAACUAUAGGCCUAAACGUGUUUAUGAAUUUAGUAUAAAUAUAGUUAUUGAUUACAUGAAGCGAUCUUUGCCGUGGGAACAUUUUUUUGUUUUUCUAUGUGGGUAUUUUUUUUCUCUUCCAAUAAUCUGUUCAGAACAGAAAUUUUGAAUUUCGAAGUAGGGUUAUCUGUCGGCCUAAGUGCUUUGUAGACAUUCUUCGUUAAACAAAAGAAAAUUAUCCACAGAUACCUCCGAAACCAGAUGAAUUUAUUCAAAUGUAUUUAUUUUUUUAUCGAUUCCUUAUAAAUUUAAAUAACAAUACCAUAUUUAAACUUCAUCCAUGUAGCUUUCGUAUUUUGUGCACAAUAAAACUAAAAAUAACCAGUA